UACUCUUGCGUUCACACUACCAUACGACUAUUGAGAUUUACUAUUUACACCCCAAAUUAACCUGAAUUUUUUGGGGUGUGAUACUAUACCCUAACCUGGUGAAUUCUACUCCCUAAUUCACUAACAUCUAAUUUAUGCACAUACUUCGUCAUACCUAUCUUCUAUGGUGUGUGUGUGUGUGUAGUAGACUCAAAAUUAUCCAUAUACUUUGUCAGACCUAUCUUAUCUCGCCUAAUACUCAUAUUAAGAGUGCUACUUGCCUAUGCCCCACACACGUGUGAUAGAGAUCCCGCUUUUACCCCCAUAACGCUGGACAACCAUUGGAGGUUAUGUACUAUUUUGCUAUUUUUGGGCUUCUUUCAUUCUUAUUUAGAACAUAUGGUUGUGAUCAGAGGUAUUUAGCCCCCGAAAGGGAUUGAGAUUUUAGGUUCUUUGGAAAUCUAAUACACAUUCAUGAUCCUCGAGUUUGGACAAACUCUUGACCAGUGUUGUAAAGAUUAGGACUUUUUAGUGAGAAAUUCUUAGUAAAGAUAUUUCAGUAUUGGAUCAAUUUAUUCAUCCAUAUUGAAAUUUGACAUACACCGUAGCCCUCGUGAUGAUUAAAUUCUCCAAUCUCGACUCAUUUCCAUUUUGGAUGUUAGUUAGGUUUUUUUAUCAAUACACUUAAAUUUAGUAUAUUGUACAAUAUGUAUCAAUUGUUAAUUCUUGAAGUUUAGACUAAACCUCAACCCGUGGUCAUUGCUUAUAUGUUGGCUUAGAAUCUCAAUCUAAGACACUCACACACUAUCAAGAAUUUUGGUCUUAACAUAAUCGUUGAAUGUGUAAUUUUCAAAGUUUUUAUCACUUACACAUUAAUAAUUCAUAAAAGAGUGUAUACAAUACACACCUAUUUCAAGUGCAUUCAAAAUGCGUUAUCAUUUGAAGAAUAUCGGUGAAUUUCAUUUUAUUAUUUGCAUUAACUUAUUAUCUUAUACAAUAUAUAUAAAUUCGUGUUUCUUGAGUUUGGACAAAUUGACAACCAAUUUUGUGAGUUGAGAUUAUUGAAUAAAGAUACUUGAUUGCUGGAUAAAUAUGUUUAUCCCAAUGGACUAUCUUACUAAAAAUUGUCAGCCUCUAUUUGGCAAAUGCCUAGGUUAAUAGUUGAUAAAACGUGAUGUUUAUCGUAUAUUCUUAACAAAGAUUUCUCUAACUUUCACCAAUGUUAUUUUUCAAGGAAUCUUGUGUCUCAUCCUAGGGUAUGAAGUCAAAGUUCGUCAAUAAUCAUACUUAAGUCAUUUUAAAAAAUUUGAUUUAUAAUCGUCGAUGAUAACUCCAAUAUGAAAGAAAUUUUUUAGCAUGCGACUUAGGACCUUAAUAGAGCUUGUUCAAUCAACAUGAUAUAGAGAAAAUAUUAUUAAUGUGAACUUAGGACACAUUAUAAAAUUAUUGCACAUGCGAUUCCUCUUCAUUUGAGGAGUUUGGGAACGACUAUGGUGCUAAUUGUACAAUAGUUAACACCGUCCUAACCAAGGGAAAAACUACUACUAGUUUGAAUUAGUAGUGAUUUAGCUUAGAUGUUGUAUUGAUUUUAUAAUAAUCCGUAGUGAUUUUUGCUAGUUAUCACGGUGCUAACCCCUAUAAAGGUUAGCACCUAAUCCCAUCCCGAGGAGUUUAAUGUAGAACAUGAUCUGAAUGAAUAAUAAGUCUUUUUUAAAUAAAUAAAUAAAUAAAUGUAACUACUCGAUCAAGAUUAUACUCUGAUAUUUUGCUAAAUAAUACUUAUUUUUAUUUUAUAAAUAUAUACUUUACGAAUAAGAGUUGUUUCAUUGCAACAAAAUAUAAAAUAAUAUAGUUUAUUUUUCAAAGGUAAUUGAAUGUCAAAUGUUUAUUUUCUAUCUUUUCAAACAUUAUUGUUUAUGUGUAUGUUUGCUUAAUUUUUUCAUCAAAAUCUAACUUAUCUUUCAAUUUAAGUAAAAAUGAGUAGACAAUUUACUUUAUAAGGUUUGAUCAGUUAUUUUUUAUUUAAAAAAAUGUGAUAUAUUUCACUCUCUGUUUUAUUAUUUAUAUUUUGUUCAAUUGACAAUAAAAAUAUUAUUUAUGUGUGUUUGGUUAAGUUUAUCAACAUUAACUUAUUAUUAAAGUAAAAAAGAAUAAAUGGAUAAAUAAAAAAGAAUAAUUGGAUAAAAGAAAUAGAAAUAUUAAAGAAGAGAGAGGUAGCUCCAUAAAUACAUUAAUAACUCAUUUUUUUGUUUAUAAAAAAUUUGUCCAACUUGGCAAAUUGUGGAUCAUCCAAUUGCUUAUGUGGCAAGAUAUUGUUUUUGAAUUGCCAUAAUAUAUAGGAUAGAUAGAUAGAUAGAUAGAUAGAUAGAUUAUUAUUGAGAAAAAACCUGAGAAUUAAAUUAUAGAGACAAAGGCUAAUUAUGAAAACCUUAUCUCCACCAAAUGUAGUUACUAGUUACUACACAGAUAAUAUGGACCACAAGGCUUAUCACAACUAACAAAAUAUUAAGCAGUCUUAUAUAGGUGAGUAUUUAGUGUACUUACUUACCAAGAUGAUCACGAUACUAAGAUAUCAUUUUUUAUUUUUGGCAAAUAAAUAAGACAAAUUCAAUCCAUAAAGUCUCCCCUCUUUUACCCCUCUCUAACUUAAACUUACGUAUUUCAACUUAAACUUCAAAGGGUAGGAUUCGUAGGCAAUCUAUGUCAUAUAUGUACAUAUUUAAAGGACUAAGAAUUGAUCCUCUUCCAUCGUCAAUACAAAUUCUAAACGUACAAAAUAAACACCACAUACUAGAAUAUAAUUGUAUAAAACGAACAACUCUCCUCUCAAUUUUACAAAUUACAACAAGCAUCAUAUACCCCUAUUCAUUUUGGAGAUGGAUCUAUGUUCCCAAAUCCGACCCUCUUCUUCCUUAACCUCUAUAUCUAUCAGUAUCACUUCACUUCACUUGCUUUUUCUGUCAAACCUCGUAUCCCUAACCAUGUCUAUUAAUGAGAUCAUCUCACAUUCCUAAAACUGUUUGCUUGUUUAAACAAUUUGAGGAAAAUUCCACAUACACAACAAAAACAGCAUCACAAUGGAAACGGAAUCCCAACAGAAGUCCAGAACAAAACAAACUCAGGUUUUUAAAAAGGAAAUACUCCGAGGACCGAAAGUUAACACGAGUUAAAAUAAGGAACUGGACGGUAACUUAAUCCAUAUAAAUGACGUGGACCAAUCAGGACUCCGGCAUAUGGCGCCAAUGAAAUGGAAAGGAAAGAGACGAAGGACAGACUGUCCCCGGGCAGGGCGGGAAUUUCCCAUUACCCUUAAACAAAAGUCACAAAAGAAAAGAUAAAAAGGGCACCCCUGCCCUCCGAACGGUCACAUGGGCAGCGGGCCCCACAGUUUUCGGUCCGUCACUCAGGAAAAUAAAAACUGCUAAAAUUUAAAUUUUUGGACCGGCAAGGCAACCGGCUGAGCCGGUCGCCUAACUCUCUCUCUCUCUUUCUUUCUCUGUUGUCUGGAUUCCGUUUUUAUCGGCCAGCCGGGCGGGCAACAAAGCCACUGUAUAAAUCUUGACGCCGCGGCUUGGUCCAGCUUCAUCCCCCCACCAUCGAAAAAAGAGGCACAAGGCAAUCCUCCGGUGGUUUUGGCUUCGUUUUAGGAAGAGGAGACCUUGCCUUCUCUCUCUCUGCGCGGCUCUCCGGAAUUUGGAUUCUGUGAGAGAGUGCUGAGAGAAAAUCCUUUUUGGUUUCCGUCCGCAGAGAGAGAAGAGAAGAGAAGAGAAAAACAAAACCCCCCCACAAAAGAAAAAAUCAGGAAAAAAGAAAAUCGAAACAACAAUGGCAGUUUCGAGAGUCGCCGUUGCCGCCGUGGCCAUCGCGCUCAUCUUCGCCAUCGCCUUGCCUGCUGCAGUUCAGGCUCAGGGCAUGGCUCCCGCCCCGGCCCCCGCCGCUACAAGCGAUGGGACGUCGAUUGACCAAGGGAUUGCUUAUGUGCUGAUGCUGCUGGCUUUGGUGUUGACUUACCUGAUUCAUGCUGCAGAUGUGACUCCCAGCUUAUAAAUUAGACAAGCAGCUGAUGAAGAUCAGAAAGAUAUUGGUUUCGUAAUUUUUAAUUUAUUUCUGGGUUGAUUUGGAUGGAGCUGGAUGUUAUUUAAGGCGAUUCGAACCUUGGUCUUCUGUAUUUAAGGUGGUACUCUGGUUUUUGGUGUAUUUAUUGUUUCGAUCAUAUGUAGGACAAAUUGGGUUUUCUGGUUUUUCUUUCGUAUUUGGUGAAGAAGAAGAAGAAGAAUGUGGGGUGUGGUGGGGGGAUUCCAGUGGUUGUUGCUAAUGUUAUCAUCUUGUUUGGUGGGCUUAUCUAUCUUUUCCUACUCCUGUCCCUUUCAUUUCUCUGCAAAGUUUCCUAGCAUCUUUCUGGCAUUGCUUUGAAGAAUCAAAGCAUUGCUGAGCA